AUGGAGGUGGAGGCACCUAGUGGUGGCAGCGCCAGCCAUAGCAACUGGUUGAAGGUGGGAACGACGAUUCCCGUCAGGAACGUCCAGGCUCUGGCGUCGUCCGCUGCCGACGAGCUGACGCUCCUGAACGCCGACACCGGGGAAGCGGAGGGCGCCAAGUUCAGGUUCGCCUGCGAUGAGUGGGGAUUCUUUCAGCUGGUAAAUCAUGGAGUGCCAGACGAGGUCAUCGCUGGUGUAAAGCGUGACACUGAAAAGUUCUUUCAGCUCCCCCUCGACGUGAAGAAUGUGUACGCCCAGCGCCCAGGAGAUCUUCAAGGUUAUGGCCAAGCGUUUGUUCAAUCAGACGAUCAAAAGCUUGACUGGGGUGACCUGUUGGGCCUCCUCACCCAGCCGCCUCAGGCCCGUGACAUGAGUUACUGGCCUAGUCAACCUCAUACAUUCAGAAAUUCCAUUGAAGAAUACUCUUCUGAAUUGAUGAAAGUUGCUGAUUCUGUUGUCGCCUCAAUUGCAAAAACACUAGACUAUGAUCCUGAAUUGAUGGCAGAAAAAAAUGUGGUUCAGACUUUCCGGAUGAGCUACUAUCCCCAAUGCUCCUCAACGCCUGAAAAAGUUUUAGGGUUCUCACCGCAUUCUGAUGGGUCUUUUCUAACUAUCCUGCUAGAAGUUAACUCAGUACAAGGCUUACAAAUUAAAUGGCAUGGUGCGUGGAUCCCAGUAAAACCACGUCGUGAUGCACUAUUGGUGAAUGUGGGUGACCUUCUUGAGAUUAUGACGAAUGGAAAGUACAAGAGCAUUGAGCACAGGGUUACUGUGAAUGCCUGUAAGGGACGGGUAUCCAUAUCAUCAUUUCACGUCCCAAAGUUAGAUGCAAUAAUUAUACCAAUUGUGAGAAUUAUGGAAGAGAAGGUGUUAUACAAGAAAACAAAAGUAGAAGAGUAUGCAAGACUUUAUAUGUCAAACAAACUAGAUGGCAAGAGGGCCCUCGAUCAUGCAAAAAUAUCCGGAAUAUAAAUAUUGUCUGCUCUACUUUGGUGUUCCAUCAAAACAUUCGUAAAAUAGUU